AAAACCAUUUUUGAAGAUUAAUUAACUCGUUUAAACCAAAAAAAAACAAGAAUAACUGGGAAAAAUUGUGAAACCAAAACAGAAGAAACCAACAACAACGCAUUCAGUUUCUAAUCACCAGUAAGAAACACUACCACCAUCACCGAUCAUCUCUCUCUCUCAUCAGGAACCGCAUCAACAGUGACCGAUGAGUUCCUCAGAAGAAGCAUCAUCUAUGGAAACAACAACAAUUGACAAAGAUCUUCAUGUUACAUUUGCACAGAUGAUGUAUCACUUACUUCCAAAUCCAUAUGAAUCUCAAGAAAUCAAUCACCUCACUCUUGCUUACUUUGUUAUCUCUUCCCUUGACAUCCUCAACUCCCUCCACUUGGUUGAGAAAGAAGCUGUUGCUAAUUGGGUUUUGUCUUUUCAAGUUCAACGUGGAACAACAAAUGACCCUAACAAUGGACAAUUCUAUGGAUUUCAUGGUUCCAAGACUUCUCAGUUUCCUCCAGAUGAGAAUGGGGUUUUUCACCAUAACAACAGUCACUUGGCAAGUACUUAUUGUGCCCUUGCCAUAUUGAAAAUUGUUGGUUACGAUUUGUCAAGUCUUGAUUCUGAAUCGAUGUCGUCUUCAAUGAAGAAUCUUCAACAGCCUGAUGGAAGUUUCAUGCCUAUUCAUAUUGGGGGAGAAACAGAUCUUAGGUUUGUAUAUUGUGCAGCUGCCAUUUGUUUCAUGCUGGAUAACUGGAAUGGAAUGGACAAGGAAAAAGUCAAGGAUUACAUAUUAAAUUGCCAGUCUUAUGAUGGUGGGUUUGGAUUAGUUCCUGGUGCAGAAUCUCAUGGUGGUGCAACUUAUUGCGCUAUUGCAUCUCUCCGGCUAAUGGGAUACGUUGAAGACAAUGUUCUCUCAAGUUGUAAUUUGUCUUCUUUGAUAGAUUUGCCGUUGUUGUUGGACUGGAUCUUGCAGAGACAAGGGACUGAUGGUGGAUUUCAAGGUAGACCUAAUAAAUCUACUGAUACAUGUUAUGCAUUUUGGAUUGGAGGCGUUUUAAGAAUUCUCGGGGGCUGCAAUUUUGUUGACAAUAAAGCUCUACGUGGAUUUUUGCUUUCCUGUCAAUACAAGUAUGGUGGUUUCAGCAAAUUCCCUGGAGACUUUCCAGAUCUAUACCAUUCCUACUAUGGAUUUGCAGCUUUCAGCCUGUUGGAAGAAUCUGGCUUGAAGUCACUUUGUUCUGAACUUGGAAUUACUAAUAUGGCUGCAAAUGGAGUCUAACUUAGAGAUGCAUGUGUCUCUUGAAAAAAAAAAAGUUUUACAGAUCCUUUUUUGUUUGAACAUUUAUUUAAUACUAAAGAUAUUUGAACUUAAGCUUUCUUGCACAUUGUAUGAAGGCUUUCAACCUAAUGCACUAUCAAAUGUACUUCUGUUGUCUGUUUCAAAUUUUGUUGGAAGUGUAAAUUUCCAAAAUCUCA